AUAUCAUGGCCAAUAUCACCACAACGAUACAACCAAGUAAUCUCCCAUGGCACCCAGAGGCAGCCCCACUCUCCCACAUGUCUUUGCAGGUCCAAGAGGUCUACCCAUUCCAUGAUGGCUGGAACGUGGCCUGCUUCAUCAUCCUGCUGCUCUUCAUCCUCACCGUCCUGUCUCUGGCGGCCUUGGCCGUGCUUUACGAGCUACUGGACUGCGGCUGCUGUGCCAAAGGGAAGACACAUCAGCAGCUACAGGAGGAGGGGCCGGGAGGCUGCAGCAAGAUCAUUACCAGUAUUUGCAAUGAGCCAGAAUCCCACACUGAGGUGGUAUAGUGGCGACGUGGUUGGAGAUGAAGAAUAUUUGGACUCAAAUGAUGAACUGGGCAAUAUACAACAAAGACUCCGAUGCCCUGCAAAAGAACUUCCUUAAAUGCGCAAUAGUGGUACAAGUGCUUACAUUUGAGAGGAUGCAAAGGGGGGAAGAAAAGAUUUUGAGAGAGUAUAUUUAGCUUAAUUUUUUACACAUUUACAUCUAACACCACUUAAAACACACGGGAGACCCUCAAUGCCAAACUUAACACUGGAAAUACUAACAAAAGAAAGAGAUCACACACGACUAGUCUUGUAAUAAUGAUACAAGAGAUGGUACUAAUCUUUUACAACACCUGUCCUAUGAAUACUGCACAUACAUAUGACUUGAGCAAAUCUAAGGACUUGAGUAUUCUGAUUUCCCAAUGAGUUCUAAUAAGUAACAAUCAAGUUUCUCAAGCGUAGCUGGACAGCAUUGUUGCAUUGGAUGAAGCAAGCGUUCCUCUGCUCUCUAGUAAACUAUAUCCCAGUGUUGUCAACAUGUUUAGCAUUACAACUUUAUCUUAUGUCUCAUCAAGUCAAGUGACACUUGAUAGCUGCACAGUGUUGUAAUUUCUCAUGUCAUACUGAGCACAAUGUUUGAUUACAUAUGCCUUACCACAA